GAUCAACUUCAUUUUGAUCUCACUUUUUUUUUGUGCAAAAAAUGGCUUCCAGUGAUGAGUUAAAGAAUUAUUUAAGAACAGCACUGAAUGAUGAUGGUUUUCUAAGUGAAAUUAAAGCUGAUAUUUUGAAGAAGAUUUUUGAAAAAAUAAGAAAUCAAUCACCUAAAAUGAAAACAUCAACUGUAACAGAUACACAUUCAAAUAUCAAAUUGUUAAUCAAUGAAUUAAUUAUUGAGUAUUUAAAUUUUGAAAAUUUAUCAUUUACAGAAUCUGUUUUUCGUCAAGAAUGCGGUCAUGGUAAUUUACACAAUUUGCCUAGACAAUUUCUAUGUCAAACAUUACAAAUUAAACCAACUGUCAAUAUUAAAUCGUUAAUUCUUCAAGGUGACAAUCAUACCAAUAAUAGUAGUAAUAAUAAACAUGCAUUGAAUGAUAAAUCUCCAACAGAAUUAAUUGAACAACCAAUCCCUUUAUUAUAUUAUAUAAUACAUUAUCUUAUGGUGAAUGGUUUAAAUCGAAUCGGUGAUAAUAAGCAUUUGUUAAAUCAAGAACAGAAAUCAACAACCGCCAAUAAUAAUAAUAAUAAUAAUAAUGGUAAUAAGGCAGAAGAUCAUUUCAAUCCGACUGUUGUAUUGCAACACAAUCUGUCAACUACACAAAAACCAUUUAGUUCCGAUCGUAUUUUUUUAAUGCAUGAACCAGAUAAUAAUAAUAAUAUUAUAAAUUGGACAAAUUCUGAAUCUAAUCUGUACUAAUCGACUGUCUGUUUUCUUUUUUUUUU